CUGAUCUUGGACCUAUAGAAAGAGAUAACAUUAGCUUAUUAUCCGAUAGCUAGUAGCCUAGUACUCUUGCUUAAACCAGAACAAGAAAUGAUAAUUUCCUCAUCCACUGCCAUGGCCAAACCAAGCUUCCCUCACAUCUCAUCCUUGUUGCUUCUCAUUCUUCUCCUCACAUUGUCACCUCUGCCAGGCACAUUAGCAGCCGGCAAACUGUCGCUGAAAGAAGCCACCAUAGAUGAUAUCCAGCACGCUUUCAAGCACAACCAACUCACCUCAAGGCAGCUUGUCCAAUAUUACCUUGUCCAAAUCCGGAAACUGAAUCCGGUCCUCAAAGGAGUCCUAGAAGUCAAUCCGGAUGCGCUUCACCUUGCUGACAAGGCUGACUAUGAGCGCAAGACCAAGGCACCAGUGUCACUACUCUCCAAGUUGCAUGGCAUUCCUAUUCUGGUCAAGGACAACAUUGCAACCAAGGAUAAGAUGAACACCACCGCCGGCUCUUUGGCACUGCUUGGAUCUGUUGUGCCUCGUGAUGCCAGCGUGGUGGAGAAGUUGAGGAAAGCUGGCGCUAUCAUUUUGGGAAAGGCUAGCUUGAGCGAGUGGUCACAUUUUAGGGGUGCUGCACCCUCUGGUUGGAGCGCCAGAGGCGGUUAUGGCUUGAACCCUUACACAUUCUCAGACCCUUGCGGCUCAAGCAGUGGUUCAGCAAUAUCAGUUGCAGCAAAUUUGGCAAUGGUGUCAUUAGGUACCGAGACAGAUGGUUCAAUCUUAUGUCCAUCAGGUUAUAACUCAGUUGUGGGGAUCAAACCAACAAUUGGUCUUACUAGUCGAGCAGGGGUUGUCCCAAUUUCUCAAAGACAGGAUACUGUUGGGCCAAUUUGUAGGACAGUAGCAGAUGCUGCUUAUGUUCUUGAUGCCAUAGCAGGCAUUGACCACAAUGACAUUGCAACAAUUGAGACAUCAAAGUACAUCCCCAAAGGUGGUUAUGCACAGUUUCUCAGGCGCGACGGACUUAGAGGAAAAAGAAUAGGGAUAUUGAGAGCCUUCUAUGACUUUGGCAAUGACACUUCCUUGGCUCAAACUUUUGAGAAACAUCUCACCAUUUUGAGGAAAGCAGGUGCUGUUUUGGUAGACAAUUUGGAAGUGGCUAAUUGGACUGCAAUCUAUUCUUCAAGCGAUGAAAUUAAUGCAUUGUCUGUUGAGUGCAAAAUAUCUUUAAAUGCAUACUUGAAGGAGUUGGUGGCUUCCCCGGUGCGAUCAUUGGCAGAUGUUAUAGCCUUCAACAACAAACACCAGAAACUGGAAAAGAUCAAGGAGUACGGGCAAGAACUAUUUUUAGCAGCAGAAGCAACAAAUGGGUUUGGAAAAACAGAGAAGGCAGCAUUGUUGAAUCUUGCAAGGUGGACAAGAAAUGGUCUUGUGAGAUUGGUGACAGAGAAGAAGCUAGAUGCUGUGGUGACUCCUAAAGCAGUUUUCUCAAGUGUACUUGCAAUUGGGGGUGCCCCAGGUCUAAUAGUUCCAGCCGGGUACGAAAACAAUGGGAGACCAGCUGGUAUAUGCUUUGGAGGACUUCGGGGUUCAGAGCCAAAGCUAAUUGAGAUUGCAUACGCUUUUGAGCAAGCCACUAAGAUUAGGAAGCCUCCUUCCUUCAAUGGCCUCAAGUUUUAGAACAACAUUGUAUUAUGUGGAGAAUGCAGUAUGCUAUGAGAGGAGCUAGUAGUACUAGAUAAAUGGGGUUGUUUCUCUGCUCCCUAAUCUAUAGCAAGUCAAUAAGAUUUUCU